AUGGCCCUGAAUGACAUUAAUACACGCGGUUUGAUUCCUGGCGCCUAUGUCACCCUGAUAAAAAAAGACUCAUUUCCUGAAGCCUCCAUUGAUCAAAGCGCCGUCACUGACGCCGUCUAUGCGUCAGUAACCUUGCUACAACAGGGCGUUAUUGGUGUCAUUGGUGAUGUUUCGAGUUCCUGGACGAGUUUAAGUGCUUUGAUGACUAGCACUCUCGAAAUCCCUCAAUGCUCAUUUACGGCCAGCGCUAUCGCAUUCUCGGAUAAAACCCAAUACAAGUACUUUUUUCGCACGAUUCCAACGCAGGUGAUCAUGGCCGAUGUGAUGCUUGCAUUUGCAGCCAAACAAGGCUGGUCCAAAGUAGGCAUCAUCUAUACAGACGAUCCCAUAGGUCAACAAUUCUGCCAGCAUGCGAUCAUUCAGGCUAGCAACAUCAACAUGCAAAUCAUACGCUACCAAGCAAUUUCCCAAGAAGCCCCACAACAAGACGCCGCCGGCUCGUUACAUAGUGUUACGACAGGUGGCGCACGGAUAAUCUUGGUAGCAGCGACGGGCGAUGCAUUAAAUUCGUUGAUGCUUCAAGCAGCCGAAAUGGGAUACUUGUCGGACGACUAUGUAUGGCUCUUGAUCGGUGACGUGACUGACCAAUUGCAAGAAGCUACCGAUGCACGAAAUGCCAAUUUAACUUUACCAUCAGCAGCAGCAACCACGACAACAACCGGUUCAUCGAAUUAUCCGUUGGCGAUAAAUAGCUCAACACCAAUCAAUUUCAAUGAAACGUAUAACGGUUUAUUCAUGUUUGAUAACUGGUUAUCUCCCUUUGGGUAUCCUCCAUUCGAAACUUUUCUCGAUGCAUGGUCACGAUUGGACCCAAACGCUCUCGCGUAUUCAUGCAUGAUGGUCAUGGCCGAAGGUUUCAGCCACACAAUUGCCAACACAACCAACCAGACUCUCGGCCUGAAUCAGCUGGCAACCGGAGAUCUGGGCCAGUACAUGAGCCCUCCAGCUUUCAAUGUCGGCUACGUUGGUCCAGAAGGUCCCAUGAUAUUCGACUCGAACGGUGAUGUUACUACGGCGUAUGUUUUUAUCUUACUUUUGUUUUUUGUUAAACAUUGCUCAACUGAAAACCCCUUACCUAUUCUAUAUGUCUCUCUACCCUUCAAAUGA